GACAAGCCAGAAGGUGAGCCCUGUUCACACCUCGGCCAGGCUGGGGUGGCCAGGACUGGUUUGGAAAGGCAGGGCCCUGGGCACGGGGGGCCCACAGCUGGCAGCCACAGCCUCCUGCCUGCGCACGGACGUCCGGGAGCAUCUUGGGGCCGGAGCCUCUGCUGCCUGCCCUGCUGGGACUCUGCCCUCAGCCCCACCACCAUGAAGCUCCAGGUGUUCUGGACGGGGCUGGAAUACACCUGCCGGCUCCUGGGCAUCACCACUGCUACAGUGUUGAUCGGCGUGGGCACCGAGACCUUCCUCCGGGGGCAGUUCCGAAGCCUGGCUUUCUAUCUGCUCUUUACAGGAGCCGCCGUCUCCGUGUGCGAAGGGGCCUACUUUGUGGCUCAGCUGCUGGCCAUCUGCUUCCAGUGUCAGCCAGGGUCCCUGGCCGACAGAGCAAGGGAGAAGGCCCACUGGCUGGGCUGCUUCCAGAAGUUCCUGGCCUACAUGCUGCUGUCGGUGGCCUGCUUCCUCCACCCUGUCCUGGUCUGGCACGUGACCAUCCCAGGCUCCAUGCUCGUCGCCACCGGCCUGGCCUACUUCCUGCUGAGCAAGCGGAGGAGGAGCAAAGCUGGGCCCGAGGCGCCAGCCCCCCCGGAGCAGUACACCGACCCCUCCGGCAGCGCCGUGAGUACCACCGGCUCCGGCGACACCGAGCAAACCUACACCUUCCACGGGGCCCUCAAGGAGGGGCCCAGCUCCCUCUUCAUCCACAUGAAGAGCAUCCUGAAGGGGGCCAAGAAGCCUGCCGCCCGCCCGCCCCCGGACGCCCUGAUGGAGCUGAGUCUGCAGCCGGCCGACCCCCUGGCCAAGAAGAAGCAGGUGCACUUUGAAGACAACGUGGUCCGAAUCGUCCCGUCCCUCUCCGAAGGCCCGGACGAGGGGGACGGCGAGGCAGAGGAGGCCGCCUCCGACACCACCCCCAUCAUCCCUCCCGCCCGGGCCCCGCUCCUCCUGUCUUCUCUCACGGCCACCGGCCUGUUCUGAGCUGCGGGCUCCGGCGGGGGACGCUUGCUGAGGGGUCUGCAGAGACCGGUGAUCCUGCCUGGAGAUUC